GAAGAUGCGUUUAGCAGCUACGUAUCGCCCAAACUAAGUUUGGAGGCCGCUGUUAAUUAUGAGGUCAAGGGCUUCGCCAUUAUAUCACUCUGGAGCAUGGAACCGCUUGAUAUCAUUCACUCUCUUAUCCAAAUAUAAGGCAUAGCCAAGUUCAAUUCUCUGUCAAUAUAGAUGCGAUCCCAGAUAUCAAACCGCCGCCAUGAAUCUAUGGACUGAGCCACCUUCAAAUAUCGUGUAUGCCGGGAUAUCCGAGCCUUUUACAGAGGAUUCCGGGACUCGAUUCGCCAUCGUAGUCCGCAAUUGUGUCGAACUCGUCGGCUUUUUUGAAUGUAGACUCCCGCGGGCGAACUUCCAGGGACCGUCCACUGCAGUUCCCGAGUUGAUCCUCAUGGAGCUGGUGCAUUACAGAGAUCUCUACAAUGAGAAAUUCGCGGGUGUCGCGUUCCCGGAAGCACUCGCGCAAGAGUGCCCAUCUCUCACUCUGAAGCUGUGGAAAGAGUUUGAUGCCGUUCCCCUGGUAAUCGACCGAAAGCCCCAUCACAGGACCCAAGCGGACCAAGGCGAAACGGCGACAUUCCUGGGAUGGGAACAAAAGCAAAUGGAUGAACAGGCUGACUCUAUGGCACGGAAAUGUAUAAGGUCAUUUGGCAUUGGCCAUGUACCAUUGACGCAUCUGGACAUGCACGGUCGGGUAGAAGUCGACAAUGACUUUCGGAUUCACCUAGCUGAUGCAACAGAUUAUCAACUAACUGCGGAGAAUCGUACCUGGGACAUAGUUCAGCGUUAUGCCAAUGAGCUCAAAGUCAGACAUGUCAAAGUGGCCUUUUUCGGCGCCACCCCACAAAGCAGACCAGAUGUGCAUGGCAGAUAUCCUCUGAUGCGCCUGUCACAUUGUUUAGGAAUUGACUUCAAUUGGUAUGUGCCACGACCGCGCCCAGAGCUUCUACAUAUUAUUCGGAAGAUGCAAGAUAUACUCCAAGGAGUCGGAGGUGCGGAUGAGCAGCUCACUACGGAUGAGGAACUGCGGAUCCUAGAAUGGGUAUACACAACUGCUAAGCGGUACUGGCUGAAUCAAGGAGGUCCUCUUCGGCCCAUUGCUGAGGGAGGGGCGGAUGUUAUUGUUAUCGACGAUGGGAUACUUUCACCGCUGGCGCUCAUAUCCAAGCAGGAGGAUCCAACAAGACCGGUGGUCUUUGAGAAUCGCCUACACAUCCAGGAAGAACGCGUUCUAAACCCGGCUAGCCCACAGUAUCAGGCAUGGGAUUUCUUGCGCGCAAGGCUCAAGCAUGUAGACCUGUUGGUCUGUCAAGAGCCCAGGGAAUUUUGCCCAAGCCUGAUGCCAGAAAAGAAAGUCGGUUUCGUCACAGCAGCAGUGGAUCAACUCGACGGCUUAAACAAACCCAUGAGCGACUGGGAUAUUUCGUUUUAUGGUCGGGAGUUCAGCUCCCUUUGUAGGAUCAAUGGAAGGCCGACCAUAAAUUAUCCUACUGUAGAGCAAUACAUCCUCCACCUAGCCCAGCUUAUUCCAAAUGAAGGCACCAUGUCCUUGCUCAACGCUUACAAACGAUUCUAUCACGAGUGCAAAACGGGGAUUCCAAAUCUUGUAGUUCCGAAACUUCUUAUAUGCCACUACCGAUCCCCAAACAACCGCGAAAGCGCCCCGAUAUACAGAGAUUUGGUCCAACAUAUCAAAACGAACAUGCAGGAUCUGAUGUCCUUGAUUUCCUUCGUACAGAUCCGGCCCCCUGAUCAACUAUGGAACACCAUUAUCUCUAGAGCAAUGGUUGUCGUGCAACUGGGCGAUUCCGAAGGAAUCCCCGAAAUAUUGCUCAGUGCCGUCCAGAAAGAAAAGCCUGUCAUUGCGAGUAGGAAUUCGGGAUACCUAUCUUUUCUACGGACAAAAGUCAAUGCACUCCUAGUGGGUGAAGAGGAUAUUGAGGCUAUCUCCAGAUACUUGAUUGGCCUUGCCUCUGAUUCUGCAAAUUGCCGGCACAUGGGGCAGCAGGCACCGAAGAAACUCAGCGACGAAACCACUACAGUUGGGAAUGCUGUCAAUUGGCUUUAUAUCACUUCGAAGCUCUCUAGAGGCGAGGCUGUAGAGCCAUCUGGAGGGUUUAUCUUCACGCUGGCACAACAAGGGGCAGGAAUGACAGUUAGCUAG